UCCUCCUCAUCUCCUCCUCCAUGAGAAGAGAAGAGAGGGGACAAGUGUUUGAAAUGUGUGCUCUCUCUCUCUCUCUCUCUCUCUCUCUCGAAGGUCUAACAUAUGUGAGUGUGUGUGACUGGAAUUUUUGAAUCAUCAUGCACAGUUCAUGUAUUUCUGCAACUACACGGACGACCCCUUCGCCCUUCCCCCCCAAUUCCCUCUCUGUCUUCCUCUCUCGAUUCGUGGAAUGAAGAGUGGCCGAGUGUUGGUGAGGGGAAAUACUCCGAGUUUGCUUCCAAAGUUGUGGAUCAAGUUAUUGUAUGCUCAAAACGCAGCCAGCAUAUUGUCCUUCAUCUCGCAAGUGGGUCGGCCCUGAGCUUGGAAGACUUGAAAACUCGAUCUGUGUGUUAGUUUGUCCAGAACUUGUUUCAGUCAUUGGUCCAUGAUAGGAGUUGUGUCCACGAGUAGAUAGACGCCGAAGAUCACAUGAUGAUUGGACAAGCGACAAUAAUCAUGCAUCCUCUCCUCUCACUCCAAGGAGUCCUUGUCUCGUCCUUCAUGGAGUCAGUGAGUGAAUAUGAACCUCUCUUGUUUACUCAAAGAGCUUGGAACCAUUCGACCAGCAAUCCAACUUCCACGGAUUUGUGAAGCCAACCUAGAAAUCUACUCCUUUUCCUGAGUGAGAGGUUUGAAAUCUCACCCUGGGAGUUCGUCUAGUUUGGCAACUCUUGACUGACAGGAUGGGGAUAAUUGAAAUCCUUAUGACGAAGUCAUGUGACAUGGCAUCAAGAAGAUGGAUAUAUGACGAGGUUGGGGAAGAGACACGGUCGAGAAUUAAUCCGAUCAACUGUCAGGCAUCCUUCCUCGUCCUCAACGAAGCAAAGUUGGACAAGCUCCGGAUUAACAAUUUUCAAAUACACCCGCUUCAAGCGAGCGAAGAUGGCGGGUCAGCUGUCGGGGCAUGCCGGUCAAAUCAGCUGUUUUCGUCUUGAGCGUGUAGCUUGUCAGCUGUGUCACCAAAAUAAGGCAUCAAUUUGCCAACGGAUUAAAGUGACCAAUCCAACUUUCACCGCCAGAAUGAGGGAAUUCAUCGAAGGAUGGCAUAUAAUGCAAAUCCUCGGAGAAGGCACCUUUGCCGAGGUCAACCUCUUGGUCAAUCAACAGACCGGGGAGGCUUGUGCCAUGAAGCAAGUGUGGGUGAAUCAAAGUACAACCAAGAAAGGGGUGUCGGAGCCCACCAAUCUGGUGGAACCUCCUCCCGAUUUCCUACCCAUGGACUCUGAGAAGAUUCAGAAGGAGAUUGCUCUGCACAAAGUAGUGAAACACGAGAACAUUGUCAAUUGUUAUGGGGCUCGCUUGGAGCGCAACGUUCAAUUCAUCUUCUUGGAAUAUUGUAAUGGAGGAGAGCUCUUUGAUCGCAUUGAACCUGGUCUCGGGAUGCCCGAAAACUUGGCCCAAAGCUUCUUCCUUCAGUUAAUAUCAGCCGUGGAAUAUCUCCACUCCAUUGGCAUUGUGCAUCGAGACAUCAAGCCCGAGAACAUUCUUCUCACAGAUGGAGACGUGCUCAAACUCACGGACUUUGGUCUGGCCACUGUCUUUCGGCACAAGGGCAAGGAACGCAAAUUGGAACGCCCCUGUGGAACCAUGCCCUACAUGGCCCCUGAACUCUUCACCAAGAGCACCUAUCAAGCCGAACCCUGUGACAUUUGGUGUUGCGGUGUGGUGCUUAUGGCCAUGCUUGUCGGGGAGUUGCCUUGGUCGCAAGCUUUGCCUCACGAGACCAGUUAUGUUCAGUGGAAAAAUCAUGAGUACACACGAUCUCCAUACCAAAGACUGGGAAACCUCCCGUUGUCCUUGCUCCGCAAGAUGCUCGCCCACAGCCCAUCCCAACGAUAUUCCAUUCAGAAGAUCAAGAACCAUCUCUGGUGCAAGACCAGAUUCACGGAUGACGAUGGAAACAUGAUUGAGCCGGUCCUGGUGCGACCGCAUCAUCUGAGAAACGUGAACCCCGACGAAGUGUUGGGCAUGUCCCAGCCAGCCAAUUUGGUCUUCUCCCAAAAGCGAUUGGCCACGCCCAAUGGCGGCGAACCUCCAUUAAAGAUCACCCGAGAGGACUCAAACAAGACCAAUAGUCGGGACAAGGAAAACCAAACCAAGAGUAUUCUCAUUGAAUAUGGCGCACUCUCGCAGCCGGCCAGGCUAUCCAUGGGAUAUUCUGGCACUCAAAUGAGCAACUCCAGUCAAAGUGGAGGGGAUCAUAUCAACCAUUACCAACGUCUGGUCAAACGCAUGACCCGAUUCUGGGUAGAUACGGGCUACGAACGCACCGAGCAGUAUCUCAAGUCAUUGAUGGCCAAGAUGGGCAUUGCUAUCGUCAGAAAGGCCCGAGGCAUAUUUGUGAUCGAGUCCAAGGAUGUGCGAGGCUCACCUUUGGUAUACAAGUGCACGUUUAUUCAGAUCGAUGGAAAGAUCCUGGUGGAUUUCCGUUUGAUUCGCGGCUGUGGCCUCGAGUUCAAACGUACUUUCGCUCACUUGAAGGCCAAUUGUGAGCCCAUCUUGGACAAGGCUCCGAUCCUGUGGACCAACCUGGUGGCUCCGGAUUCGAUCCCGGUGGCUUAGGAUCGGGAACAAUGUUGACACUUACCGCUGUUGGAAUGUUACUAUCAUGUGUAUCGCAGAUUUGAAAUAUACUGCAUAAGAAUGGGA